AUGACACUAAGUUUAUCCAAAGUUAAAGAUGUCUAUUUUGAAAAAAUGUUUCAAUCACAUUCUGACUCGAUUGGUAAUUCUUCAACAGAUUCCAUAUCAGUAAAUAAGUCUCCAAAAGUUUUGAUUCUAGAUAAUAUAACAACUUCAUUUAUAUCAUUAUGUUAUACACAAUCGCAAUUAUUAUCAAAUGACAUUGUUUUGGUAGAAUUAAUUGAAUCACAACAAAACCUCACAACUAUGAAAAAUCUAGAUUGUAUUGUUUACAUAAAUCCAAAUUUAGAAUCAAUCAAAUUAUUACUAUCAGAAUUAAGGACUCCCCAUUAUAAAAGGUAUGAUGUAUAUUUUAAUAAUAUGGUGGGGAAAAAUCAUAUUGAACAAAUUGCUGAAGCUGACGAAUUUGAAGUUAUUGAUAAAAUUAUAGAGUUGUUUGAAGAUUAUUAUAUUUUGAACAAUGAAUUAUUUCUUUUGAAGAGACCACCAGUUAAUAUCCCUAAUCCAGUUGUUGCUGAAGCUGAAAGUUUAACAAGUUUAUUAUUAGCAUUGAAAAAGACAUCUAUAAUAAAAUAUGAUUCAAAUUCAAUAGAAUUAAAAAGAUUGAGUUCAGAAAUAUUAUAUGUUAUAAAUUCAAAUUCAAACAAUAAUUUGUUUGAUGAUUUAAAUCGUCGAUCAGAUGUACCACCAGUAUUACUAUUAUUAGAUCGUAAAAAUGAUCCAAUAACUCCAUUAAUGACUCCAUGGACCUAUCAAUCAAUGAUUCAUGAAUUUUUAACUAUUGAAAAAAAUGUUGUUGCGUUACCUGAUAAUCAAAUUGUUUUAGGAGAUGAUGAUCCUUUUUUCAACCAAUCCUCAUUUUUGAAUUAUGGAGAUUUAAAUGAUAAUUAUCAAAAGUAUUUUGAAAAAUAUAAAAGGGAAACUAAACAAUCCUCAAUAAAUAAUGAUCAAUUAUUAAAUAUAUCAGAAUUGAAAAAGACUUUAACUAAAUUUCCAGAAUUCCAAAAAUUUUCAACAAAUAUUGGUACUCAUGUGAAUUUAAUUUCUAAAAUUGAUGAAGAAUUGAAAAAACAACAUUUAUGGGAAAUUGGUGAAUUACAACAAACUAUAAUAUGUGGGUUAGAUAAUCAACAAACAAUUAAAAAUGCAUUAUUGCAAGUUCUACAAAAUAAGCAAAUAUCAACAAUAAACAAAAUAAAAUUAAUUUUAUUGUAUACUUAUAAAUACAACAAUAUAUCUGAUGUGAAUGCUUUUAUAAUACAAUUAAAUGAUCCAAUGAUCACUCAAGAACCACCAACAUCAGAACAAAUUCAUUUAUUAAAGAACUUUAGAGUAUUAUUUGACAUGGAGGAUAGUGUUAGAAAUCAACAACAACAAACAAAUCAAGAUUCAUCUCAAAAUUUCAAUCAGCAAGGUUUGGCUAAUCUUUUCAAUAAUAAGAAAGUGAAUUUCAAAAGCUUUUUCAAUAAAAAUGAGACUCCAGAGAAUGAUAAUGUUUAUUUACAAUAUACUCCAAAAUUGAGUGGGACAAUCAAUAAUUUAAUCAACCCAGAAAAUAAUUCUAAUGGCUCUAAUACUUCAUUUUUAACUACAUUAAUUCCAGAAAAAGUGAAACAACAAUAUGGUUCAGCACCUACAACAGUUCAAGAUAUUAUAAUAUACAUUAAGGGAGGUGUUACUUAUGAAGAAUAUAGGAUUAUAAAUGAAAUUUCAAAAUCAAAUAACAAGAUCAAUAUUGUUAUUGGUGGUGAUGAAAUUUUAAACUCAACUAAAUGGUUGAACAAGAUGUAUGAAAUGGAUAUGGGGAAUUUUAAUACUUCAACAACAAACAACUCUGGGUUCAGUGAUGGUAUUGAUAGAAGAACUGCAUUACGUGAUAUUUUAUAA